AAAACAAGAGCCAAAAAUUAGAAAAACAAAAAACGCCAGAGGAAGAUCGAGCGAUCUCUCCAAAGCGAAAAGUUUCAGAGAGGGAAAGUGCCCCACGGAGAGAGAGAGAGAGGGAAAGAGAUGAGUGAAAUUUCAGGUUGCAGAUCGUUGAGUUCGCUCUUGUUAUUGGGUACAAUUUUCCUACAAUUCAUUCCAGGGUUUUCUGAUGAUGGCAAAAACAGUACAAAUCCUGCGAGUCAUGCUACCUCCAACAGCAGAAAUGGGUCUACAUUGGCCUUUAUACCUUUUGGACUUGUAGUGGUUGGAUUGUUAUCCUUUUUCCUCUUUAAGCUAUGGCAAAAGAAGAAACGAGAAGAGCAGUAUGCUCGUCUUUUGAAGUUGUUUGAAGAAGAUGAUGAGCUUGAGCUUGAACUUGGUCUCCGGGAUUGAUAUACUUAGUUCAUAUAGUCAAGGUCAAUGGCUUUUGUAUUUGAAAUAUUCAGUCUCCUGAUAACCAACCUCACAAGUUGGUGUCCUCGAUUGAGGUUAGAUAGAUUUUGUCAGCUGUAAUAUUUGUAAUCAUAUGCCCAUGAUUUUUCUUUUUGUUUGGUUUUGGAAUAUCAUUUCAAAUGAGUUGUGAGUUAAGGAAAUGAUACUACCACUUACGUGGAGCGUUUUUAGAUUCCCAUUGAAAGUUUGUAUAUUGCCUUGAAUUUUGAAUUUAAUGUUUGAUGGACAUCAAAGUCUUGACACGUGGUUUGGAGUUUGUUCCAAGAAGAGGCAUCUUGAUAUGCUCUGAGGAGACUUUAGGCCAUAAGUACAUCAUCAUGUUUUCAUUGGCUCGGCUUAAUUGGAUGAGAAUCAUGAGAUAAACUUGUGUGCUUCAUAGACAUUUUUUCCAAUCACUUUGCCUAUGUGGAGCAAUGUUUUCUGUAAUAGGUCUUGUGUGUUGUGUGUGUUUGGAAAAAGGAAGCAACUUCAAUUAUAUUGGUACUGGAAUCAAGGCAGUGAUAUACUUGUUGGUUGAUUAUA